AUGGAGCUGUUGCCGGAGGAUCUGUUCGCUGACAUCCUCCACCGUCUCCCGGAGCAGGACCUCGCCGCAGCACGCUGCGUCCACACGUCCUGGCGCGCCACCAUCGACUGCCGCCGCCUGAUGCAGCUCGUCCCGACUCUCCCGCUGGCCGGGAUCUUCAUCACCUUCAACGACCACGAUUUGUCCGAGUUCUUCGCCCGCCCCACGCCGCCCUCUGCCACGGCGCCGGUCAGCGGCAAGUUUCACCAAUACAUGCCGACCACCAUCGCAGCCCAAGUCCAAGACCACUGCAACGGCCUCCUCCUCCUUAUCGCCGCCUCCUCCGUGGUCAACCCCGCCACACGCCGGUGGGCCGCCCUGCCCAACCCGCGGCCGCCAUGUCCUUUCAGCAACGAGGGCUUCAGCCGGUACAACUACAUCGUGUUCGACCCUGCAGUGUCGCCUCACUACGAGGUGGUCCAAGUCCCUCACCUUCCUACUAAGGGGGUAAAGGUGAAACCCCAGAUUGCCGGGUUGGAGUGGCCGCCGUCGCUCAUGAGGCUGCCCGUCUUCUCCUCCGCGACCAAUGGGUGGGAGAAGAGGUCGUUCGUGCGGCAAGGGGAGGCGUUGGGGACUGUCGCCGACUUGCAGGCGCCUUGGCCCGGCGACCAGGAGUACGGCGUUUACUGGCGUGGCCACCUCUACGUGCACCACAUUAUCGUUAUGAGGUACUACUAG